AUCUAGUAAACCAUGAGCUGACUCCCGAGUCUUCAGAUGCUUGUGUGCUCACUCUGUUCACUGAGGUUUGCGAGUGUUCACCCUUCGUUAUCCUCCUGCGCGGACUUUUUCCCGGAUAUCUCACUUUCUCUUCACCCACCCCCAUUUCGCGGUUAUUUUUGGACUAUAUACUCGUCUGAUGGUGUGCACCGAUGCCGAGAGAUGGGUAAACUGCAUUCGAAACAUGCCGCUAUUUGUAAAGCGAGGGAGAGCCCGGAAGGCGACAGCUUUGUAGUCAAUGCUUGUUUGGCUCGGAAGGGACUGGACGACUGGCUGGUAAAGCAGCAGGACUGUCAUCUAAAGACCAAGUGCACGUUGACCACCCGGGACUCCAUAAAUGAACCUCAGCGGAUUGGUGACGAGCAUUACCGCUUAGAAGUGGCUCUGCCCCCAGAGAAGACAGACAGCUGCUGCUUAGAGGAUAAGAUGAUGCAUGAGCGCGACGGACAAUCCCCUGCGGGAACGCACAAGCAGCUCCAAUUUGAAGAGCUGGAGUGUGCUGUGUCCGUGGAGGAGGACAACAGACAGGAGUGGACGUUUACCCUCUACGACUUUGACAACAACGGGAAAGUUACCAGAGAGGACAUCACAAGCCUCCUUCAUACCAUCUAUGAGGUAGUAGACGCCUCUGUCAACCAUUCACCAAGCAGCAGUAAGACUUUGCGGGUCAAGUUAUCUGUGGCUCCAGACUCGAGCCAGCGGUGGAGGAGUUGCACACAGGGAACAGAUGCGUCCCACCCCAGAGAGCGAAACGACAAGUGCGCCGAAGACCCCAAGAGUGCAGACAAGAAAAGUCGAGCGCUGAUAAGGCGCCACCACAGUGACCAGCACAACCACGCCCAGCCGGGCUCUCAGCGCAACUGUGUAGACGAGAACCUUGAGCGACGGAACCACUACUUGGACCUGGCCGGCAUCGAGAACUAUACAUCCCGCUUCGGAGCUGCAGCUACAGAGCAGUCUAAAGCAGAACCCCAGACCCGCUCAUCCAACCAGACCCGCUCCCGAUCCCACGAACCUGAAAACGGGCACUCCCAUCAUCCCCCGGCGCUCCAUCAUCGGCGUUUGCAAGCUGUCACCGACGCCUGUCUACCGGAGGGCAACCACCCCGGACGGAAGCGAGGCCAAGACUCCGGAAAAGUCGUCGUACGCUCCCCCAAGACUCACAACCGCACUCCCCCGGCUCAGCUUGGCGGCCGUGUGAUGCGGAGCAGGGGUGCCCCCGCUCCCCCUGCUCUCCCCAGCCAGACGCCUCCCCACCAGUCAUCCGCCCCUUACCGCAAACAUAAGCAGCGCUCGAAGGAACACCAGGGAUGCCACGCGCUUGGUGCCAUUGUGGGGCCUGGGGUUGAAAAGGAGCAGGUGAAAGAGCUUCCUGGAGUUCUGCUCUACGAGGGCCGGCUUGCGCAAGUCGUGCAACGACAUGAGCACCACCACCACCAUGAACAUCACCACCACUACCACCACUUCUACCAGUCCUGAACGGCCACACCCACUUGGGGUCUGUCACACCACUAUCUACUCUUUUACCAAUCCUGAACAACUACCCUACUUUGGAAUAUUUCAGAAUCUAGACAUGACAAAGUUUUGGGGGACCUAGGUAGUUGGUGGAAUGGGGUCAUACCCUCACUUCUACAACAUCUAAGGAAGAAACUACAACUAAUUCAACUUGUCAUAAAGGGCCAACCCAAUUGGGGAACUUCCUAAACGCAGCACAUAGAGUGGACCGAAGCAUUAGAACACCACCCUCCGUUACCUGCUUUAGGACCGUUUGAAGAGCCAUUACCGCUACUUCGACCAGCCCUGAAUGCUCACCCACUUGGAACUCUGGGAACAUGUUCUCCAAAAAGAUGGGUCAGUCUAGUGUGGGUGGCACUAAACUACCACCUCGAACACCCAUACAAAUACUAUCUCUUCUACCAGUCCUCGGUGGACCGUUUUGGAACUUCCAACACAGGAAGUGGGAUUAACCCAAUUGGGGACCUGUUCACAUCUUUUUUUAAUAUAAGAAGAAAGGGUGCCCCCACUAGAGUACUACCACUUAGAGUUGUGAACAACCGCCCCUCUCUUCCUCGACAAGUGGGGACUCAAGUAGUGACACAGGAAGUUAGGGAAGUAUCAGGGGAUAUGUAAUAGAAUCAGUGUUAAAGAGAGAUUAGAGGAUUUAGGACCAUAGUAGUAAGGAAGGGCCAUGGCCGGGACCACAGAAGGGUCCUCUGAGACCCACUGUCUCAAAACCCUUUUUACAUAGAUGUGGUGCUAAUGCAAUGUACUGAGGCCGACCCAGAAGAUUUCCAGACCACUAAACCAAGAGCCCGAAACAGGCCUGUGAUGUAAAGAUAUAAUGAAGGACAGUGUGUGUGUGAAAAUGGUUGUGUGUGUGCGCGUGUGUACGGACGCGUUCACUGCCGUCUGUCGAGAACCACUCUGUGGCUGCGCAAGUAUUUAAAGUGGAAUAUGAAGAAUCCAAUUUGAGUAUCCCUUAAUGUUGAAGGUAAGGUUGAAAAACAAAAAACUCCCACAUCUGCUGCUACCUCUAAUUUAAUCCUAAUUUUGAUUUUUUUUUUCUUUUUCUUUUUUUAUUUCAAUCUGCAGUAGCGCUCCUUACGUUGACUAACGCUAACUGUAUAUAAAGUGUUUUUAAAUAUAUAUUUGUAUAUAUAUACUGUGUAUAUGUAUUUAUAUACAGUGGUAUAAAAAAGUAUCUGAACCUUUUGAAAUUUUUCACAUUUCUGCAUAAAA